AUGGAACUACCAGGUCACGGAUGGCUGGGUGUGGCCGUGGAAGAAUUUAUUUAUGUAUUUCAUUCUUCUAAUCAACAAAUUCAAAGAUUUGAUCCGAGAUUUGGGAAUUGUAUACUUGAGAAUUUGAUUAACUUCCCCUCACAAGAUAAAAUUGAACACAUUUGUUCUUUUGAUUUCUUCCUACUUGCAUUUUGUUUUGAGAUUAUACAAGGGGUAGAUAAGACAGCUUUACAUUGUCUUGACACGAGGUCUCAGACAUGGACAAGACUUGACUGCCUGGAAGGAUCAGCCAAAAAUAUGCAUAGUUUUAGAAAAGAGAAACAAUUAUAUAUUCUUCAAGCUAACGGCAACCUUUGGGAAGUUAACCGUGACGAAAUAAAUGGCUUACAUUUGAAGUUGGUUGAGGUUCUUUGGCAGGGCACAUCCAAUAUGUUUGGAGUCACAUAUAUAGACGAGCUUCUU